AUGAGUCUUAAUUCCAAAUCAAAAUUGGAAUCACAACAAACUGAAGUCUCAAGGUCAUCAGUAAGUAAGUCAUCCAUUGAUGAUCCUUCAAGCCCAUAUUUCCUCUAUCACUCCGAUAGUCCAAGACUGGUUUUAGUGUCACAGCAACUCGUCGGAGAUAACUAUGCCUCCUUGAGUCGAGCCAUGAUGAUCGCAUUGUCAGUGAAGAACAAGACCAUAUUCAUAAAUGGAUCUAUAAUUGAGCCUGAUGAUGGAGAUCCUGAGUUACUUAAUGCGUGGAUCAGAAACAACAAUAUUGUGAUAUCAUGGAUUUUAAAUUCAGUCUCAAAGGAAAUUUCUGCAAGUGUGAUAUACGCAACAACGACGUAUGAGAUAUGGAAUGAUCUAAAAGACAGGUUCCAACAAAAGAAUGGGCCAAGAAUUUUUCAGUUGAGAAGAGAACUGAUGAUUUUGAGCCAAGAUCAAGACACUGUGAGUGUUUAUUUUACUAAACUCAAAACCAUUUGGGAGGAGUUGAGUAAUUAUCGACCAGUUUGUAAUUGUGGAAAGUGUACGUGUGAUGGUGUGAAGGAACUGAACAAAUAUUACGAGACUGGGUACUCCAUGUCAUUUCUAAUGGGUCUCAAUGACUCAUAUUCACAAAUUAGAGGACAGAUUCUGCUCAUGGAUCCAUUGCCUCAAAUCAACAAGGUUUUUGCGUUAAUUUCACAAGAAGAAAAUCAAAGGAAGAUUGGUACUCAAGUGACAUCUGGCAAUGACCCAAAUGGAGAUGUAGCAUUUGCUUUCUAG